GUGCCUUACUGCCUUACUGCCUUAUUAUGUAAGCGACAGCUACCUGUGCAAUUGCACAAAGUGCGCACAAAUGGUUGGCUAGCCUUACUUAGGUAGUAGUAUGCAAUGGCGGUUAGACCCGGUUCGGCCAUUUGGCUGGCCCAUGCGUCUCCGUACUCUAAUGCAGCAAGCAAAGCAAGCUCGAACCGCUCUUGGUGUGCAGAUUGGCUGGCUAGCUAAUCGGCUUCCUACAGCAACUCACUGCAGACCAGAAUAUCCACAUCCACACAUCCACAUCCACAUCCAACCCCAAUCCGAAUCCGCUCGCACUCCUUCCGAACGAACUUCUUUUUAUCCGGCCACUGUUGCUGCUGCUGCGACUGCUACUACCACUGCCACCUGCCCCUUCUUGAAUGGUAGCUCCCGACAUGUUAUGCACGCCGGAUGUGCUGCGAUCCCGGACUACUUACAUACGUGCUGCACCGUUCCACGCUUCCCCUUCGGGCUGUGUUGCGGAGUGCACUACAGUAGAGCUUUCAUCAUUGAGACGAAAACGAGGACGGGGACGAGGACAGGGAGCCAGGCAACGGACCGAGGUGUCAACGAAGAAACAUUUAAAACGUCCAUCUGCAUCUGGAGAAAUGCAGAACUGAUUGCGGAUACAAACUGUGAAAGUCCCAGAUAGCGAACGAGUGGAGACACGCCAAAAGAGUGAAGCUCUCUGAGGAUACGGCUUACUUGAAGCCGGCGAUGAGGUCGAUUGCAGCAGGUACAUACACUACGUGCCUUCAAUCGGACGGGUGUGCAUGCUGGAGCAACCUGCUGCAACCUGAGAUGCAUGGCCGAAGAAGGGGGUGCCAAAUUCGCCACAGGGCGCAAAUGUCUCCCACACCCAAGAGGAAACCUUCUCAUUCUGCAGUCACAGCAUUGGACUGCCUGCUUGCAUCCCCAG